AUUUGGUGUGUUGGGGUUCUGAUGGGGUACGACAGUUGAACUAAGCUCAUGAGGCAUUUAUAAGAUAUUCUUUGAGAAUCAAUGGGUAUAUAUCAAAAAAUGUAUGUAGCAACUGCAGAUUGCCCCAUUAACCUAAAUGUUUUUCUGAGUGAGUAAGAAAUGAGCAGUGGGCACCUUUAAAGUUCAUUCAUCUUUAAAGUAUUGAUAUUGAAUUCAAUUUUAAGGUAGACUCAGUGAAAUGACGUUGCCACGAGCAGCUCCACAGAUAUUGAGAUGAGUGAGAUGCAGGACCUCACACACACGGUGUCUGCGGAGCAGGUGGCCCUUUAAUUGGGGAAAACGGGCUCAUAGUAACGGCUGGAAUGGAAUCAAUGGAAUGGUAUUGGUUUCCAUGUGUUUGAUAGCAUUCCAUUCACUCCAUUCCAGACAUUACUAUGAGCCGUCCUCCCCUCAGAUGUGGAUGGGUUCGCUUCACACUGUUCCCUGGCCUGGCUACCGGGAAUCAAAACAGCGGAGAAGUUAAGCCUCGCGCUUUAACGCUCGUAGUUGUUGUGGGAAUUGAUCCACAAUGCUGUUUACUUUCAGCAUCUACGUCAUAUCGCUGCGUCCACCUUUAAUAUUAUAAUUUUUUUUAAAUAUAUAAUUGUUGAGGAAAUGGUGCUCAGCCCUGAGCAGAUGGCACCAGAUUAGUCCAUACAUGUUUUUACUGGAAUACUUGUUGAUUUCUUAUUUAUUGUUGUGAAAGAAACUCACCAUGUAGUUUACCUCUCUGUCAGAUGGAUACAUUCCCCUACAUGUCCAGGGCAGGAAGAGGUUGGCACGUCUCAAGGCUUGGGUGGAGGGAGAGGAUUGGUGUGUGUGUGUGUGUGUGUGUGUGUGUGUGUGUGCGCGCGCGUCAGUCAGAUGUUUAUUUAAAAGGGUGAAUGCUAUAGCAUUGGAACUUUAAGGAAAGCUGGACUUCAGGUCUAAUUCAACUGAAGAGAGAUGUUUUUCUAUGUACCUGCUUUAGAGCUAAUGGUAAAACACUAAUGAAAUUGGAACGUAAAGAAAGAAAGACAAAAUUCAUCAAUUUGUUCUGAAUGAAUAUUGUUUCCUGUUUCAUUGAUCUUUGGUGUACACAGUGUAAAUAGUGUAUUAUAGCUCUGGGGUUGUGACACCCUGCAUCCCUAUAGGAAGUGUUUAUUUGGAAGCUUAUGCAAAUCAAUACCAAUCUUUUCCAAGAAAUUAAAAAAAAAAAUUUUUUUCUUCAUUGAACUGAGGAAUUCAUCUUUUAAAGCUUUAGUGAAAUUUUGUAAACUAUUAUUUUUGUCAAUCUCCUCCGUGCGAUACCUUGGAAGUGUGUUGCAAUGAGCUUAAAUGUGUGUAUCAACAAUAUAGUUUAUAUUCAAAACCGGGAUUUAUGUAUUUGAAUUUAAGGGGCAUUGAUAAGUGCUGUUGACUUGUGAGAUGGUGUGAGUGGUGUAGGUGCAUGAUGGUUUGCGUUUGCUGGAGUGUGUGAGUGGAAUGGAAUAAAUGAAAUGCAGUCUCUGGGGUUGUAUAUUCUUCUAAUGUGCAUACUGCCUGAGGGCUUGGUUAUCCACUCUUCUGAUCUGUUAACCACACUGAUCUGUGGUCAUCAUUACCUUGUGUCAGUGAUGUCUGUAUCAUGUCUCUGAUUCACAGGAACUGACACAACACCUGUCCUGUCUACGGAUACACCUGGUUAUGUCAUAAGCUUUUCUCCAUCCUGGCCCACACCAAUCUAUUUAUCAAUCCCUCUUCUCCUCCCUUCAUCCCCCCAGUAUGCUGCUGUUCUAACUAAUAAUAACUACUAGGAUCCCUGGGGACUGGCCCAAACCAGCCAACGAUUCCCACGACCCCUCACAACCAGACACAGCUUAUUUUGCUAACAGACACACACAGUCUUGUUUAACUAUCCUUGUGGGGACCAAGCAAUUGAUUCAUAUUCAAAAAUCUAAUUAACCUAACCUUAACCCCCUAGACCUAAUCCCUAAUUCUAACUGUAAACCCUAAACCUAAAGUAGAAUUUUCCUUGUGGGGUCCAGCAAAAUUACCCUAGUUGGGAUAUUAAAACCAAAAAAACAUUCACAGAGCGUCUGGCUUACUGCUUCUGAAACAUCGAACAAUUCCAAAAAGAAAAGUGUGCGCAUAGUAUAGAGUCAAGUCAAAAGGCAACUGAAACGUUUAGGCAUAUUUACUCAUCGGGAAUUUAUGAGCACCAAGAUCUCGCAUGCGCCGUAGUAGCCUACUUGCCGCUUUAAACCAAGGCUGGACAGAUGUUAAGCAGCCUGGUUGAGGGGUGAAACUCCGGGAAAACAUUUUAAAGAGGGAGCUAAAGAGUCAACGCUGACCAUAUUAAUGUAGGGACAAAAUAAACAACGGGCAUCAUGUUGAGAAAAUAGUUCCAGAUAUGUCAGCAGCAGGAGCGACGCGGAAAUGUCCACAACCGAGCAACAGCCAAAUCGAGAUGAGGAUGAUCAGGAGGAGCAACGGGAGGAGGGGCCUCUGCAGUGUUUCCGCUGUGACCUGGGCUUCUGGGAUGCCUGCUACACCACCAAAACCAACUGCAAUAUCGGGGAGAAGUGCUACACUGGCCGAGGGAAGGCAGGUGAUGUGUUGGAAGUUAAGUUGCUGGGUUGUGUCAAGGCGAAGGAGUGUGAGCUGGUGACCAAUGUGGAGCUCUUCUCCAACACAACCAUCUACAUGAUGACCAGGCACUGCUGCGACACACACUUCUGCAACACCGGACACACACUACCCCUCAACACACUCCUCUCCCUGUCACUGACUACAAUAACCAUCAUCCACCUCUCCUCUCCCUGUCACUGACUACAAUAACCAUGAUCCUCACCUUCAACAGAAUACAAUAACCACCAUGCAUCAUAAAGUCCCCAGCAGCACACAUUUAUUCAAUUUUCUUAAUUCUGUUAAUAUUCUGUGUUUAUUUGUCAAGGAAUAUGGACAGUAAUUAACAUAUGUAGAUGUGCCAGAUUGAGGCAAAAGUCUCAUGUUCAACCCUUAGAAGCUGUCUCUGGGCUUGGGAAAAUUGGUUAGAUGGUUUUAUGUAAUUCAAUUUUGAAUAAAUGUAAUUUUCUCAUUCUGUUGUUGGCAUAAACUAGAAAAGGAGACAGAAAAUAAAAUCCAAUCAUGUUUAUUGAA